UGCACACGUGUAUAAUUAAUUGGAAGAUUGUUACAAAUCUAACGAUUUCGUGAAAUAACACGGAAUAACAUUUUGGGUGGGUCAAUAUGAACGAUGGUUAAAUAAACUUGAUGAAGAAUACCGGUGGUGGCGACCGAAACCAUCGCCAAUAAAUGCCUGUUGCUGUCAAAUCAUUACAGGAACCUGUAAUCGGUCAAAUCCGAAAUAAUCUCAAUUGUGGGUUUAUCUCUUGAUCUAGUUAAACUGCGAGUUUAAACACUAAUUGCGGUAAUAAAUCACACCUUUGUGUGACAAGAGACGUGUCAGAAUGGCAAGUGGUGACGAACGCAAAGUGGCUCUCCUGACCGGAAUUACGGGUCAGGAUGGUUCCUAUUUGGCCGAACUGCUCCUAGGGAAAGGAUAUGAAGUUCACGGAAUAAUCCGGCGAUCAAGCAGUUUCAACACCGGCAGAAUCGAUCAUUUGCACACGAAUAUUUACGAGCACAAGGGCGGAAAAAUGCAUUUACAUUAUGGCGACAUGACUGACUCCAGUUCGCUCGUGAAACUCAUAAACAAGAUAAAACCGGUCGAAAUUUACAAUUUGGCGGCUCAGAGUCACGUUAAAGUGUCUUUCGAUUUGAGCGAGUACACAGCUGAGGUGGACGCUGUGGGGACUUUGCGCCUUUUGGACGCCAUUAGGACUUGUGGUUUGGAGAAAAAAGUCAAGUUUUAUCAAGCUUCCACGUCGGAAUUGUACGGAAAAGUCGCCGAGAUUCCCCAGAGUGAAAAAACGCCGUUUUAUCCCAGGUCUCCUUACGCUUGUGCGAAGCUUUACGCUUAUUGGAUCGUGGUGAACUACCGCGAGGCCUAUGGUAUGUUUGCUUGUAAUGGUAUUCURUUCAACCAUGAGAGCCCCCGCCGUGGGGAGACUUUCGUCACCCGGAAAAUCACCCGAGAGGUGGCCAAAAUCCACUUAGGSCUCUCGCAYUGUCUCGAGUUGGGCAAUUUGGACUCGAAGCGAGACUGGGGGCACGCGAAGGACUACGUGGAGGCAAUGUGGCUCAUGUUGCAGGAGUCAGAACCGGACGAUUUUGUCAUAGCUUCCGGGGAGAUGCACAGUGUGCGAGAGUUUGUCCUUGCGGCUUUCAGACAUGUGGGGAAGGAGAUCGUGUGGGAGGGGAGUGGAGUCGAUGAGGUUGGGAAGGAGAAGGACACCGGAAUAGUCCGGGUUAAGGUCAAUCCUAGGUAUUUCCGGCCGACGGAAGUGGAUUUGUUAUUGGGGGAUUCCUCCAAAGCGAGGAGGAAGUUUAAUUGGYCACCGAAAGUGUCGUUCCCGGAUUUGGUCAAGGAUAUGAUGGAGGCGGAUAUUGAACUGAUGAAGAGGAAUCCUUUGGCUUAAUUUUGUGGUUACAUUCCGUUUUUYGCAUUUUUUAACUAGUCUUCCCAAAGACUUAUUGAUUAUUUUUUUUCUUUGACACUCAAAUAACUUAUGUUACGUGCUCGCAUUAUAAUUUAUAUGCAAAUGGAGUAUUUUUAUAGAGUAUGUCUGGAGGAAAUUGUUCGAUUUAAUCUGUAAUGACUGAAGUGUAUGUAAAUUUGCCUAAAUAAAACUAAAAUCGAAA